AUCUAACUGGACUUUUCAACGAUGGACGGAAAUCCUUUUUAUGUCGUUACAGGUGAUGUUUACGGAUCCGGUAUCACGUGCUCACACAUCUCCGUUGAAAAACGGAAAGAGGAAUUCCUGGAGCCAUGUUCCAUCCAGCCCUCUGCUUGGUUCGACUCGAGGUAUCUUGAGGUCGUCCUGGAGGUGGUGUCUGAAGGUUCCUCGAAGAAUCCAGUAACGACGAAACCACUAUCACGAAGGCAUUGGUUUGUGGUCUCCCUUCGACUCGGGAUGAAUAAGUAAACAUGACCCCAGAGUAGACCAGGACAAGAGAUCAGGCGACCACGUAUCUCAUGGAUACGAAGGGUCUUCCCCACUAACAACCUACAGGACAGCUUGUAACUGCAGAACUUCUUGAGAGUCUUACUAAAACGGGGUAUUUCUCGACAAAAUUUGACAGAACAUCUUAUUGCUGACAGACCCUGGAAUUUCCAGUGUGUCAUUAUUUCUCUUGGUUUUUAGGACAAAAUGCCGCAGCCAAAGGGAGACCUCGUCUUAUUCGUUGUCCAUCAGAGACAGGAUGACCCAACUGAGAUAGUGGCUCACCUUGUUAAGCCCAAUGGCUUGGAAGAUCUCAAAGCCUACAUGCUGGAAAGCGGGUACAAAUUGUGUGAAUCGACCAGAACAGAACCCUUUAAGGCCAUGACGGGUGAGACAUUUUACAUCCGUCUCAUUGGAGAUUUGAUCGUCAACACUUUUGGUAACCCCAGUUACCGAAGGGAUCGCCUCCAACUCAAAUGGUUACGUAAUCGAGUCAACCGUAAGGACUUUUUUGGGGAAGGUGUCUACCGAGGGCGUUUCCAAGCCGACUACUCGGGGAAGGUCCUCCUGCAUCGACUUACGGUGCAUGCUGGGACGAUUAACCGGGGGAGUGGGAGGCAGUUCACGCUGAAUAACCUUGAGAGUAUUCUAGGAGAUGUGGUGUCGUCAUCAAAGUUGAUUAUUCCGAAGGAAAGAGAGGAUCCCGCUCCUCCAGAGAUCCAAGAAAGUUUCACCGACGAGGAAGUCGUCAAAGACGUAGUCCUUCGAACCAUUUCAAAGGAUAUCCCCAAGGACUACGUGGUUCCCCUCGCAAUGCAUCUCUUUGGUUUGUCAGAGGUGGAGAUCCUCAACCUUAGUCUCCUCCCGCAUCAUCGUGACUUUGAUGAGCAGCGGUACGCCGUCUUAGAGAAGUGGAUGCUGACGAGUGCGGAGGAGGCUACGUUUACCAAGCUGAUUGAAGCAUUCAGGGCUGUCAAGAUGACAUCUGCUGCCAUCAACCUCAAUAGAAACUUGCUGACCAAUGAACGCUUGAGAUCCAUUGCUAAGGGCCUUCCUGGUGAUCUCCAACCCCUAGCUGACACUCUCAAAGUCGAUCUUGAAGAAUCUCGGCAGAACUAUGUGGACGAGCUCAACGACCACAAAUUUCAGAUCUUGUACAGAUGGCGGGAAGACUCAUUCGAGACGCUCAACAAGAGGGCGUCUCAUACUAAGUUGUUGCAAGCAAUGCGCAAGUGUGGCAUGGAAUUAGCUGCUGACAGAUGCACGAUUAUUAGCUCAGUGGAUGCACGUGAUGUUGUUCUACUUCGCAUCAUCUCCAAAGACGCCAGCCGCGAAACCAUUUACCGCCUGGUGCGUCGGCUGGGCUUGACGGAGGAACAAAUCGACGGCUUCACAAGAGAACACGGACAGGACUUCAACAAGAAGCUGUUCCUAUUGAACUCUCUAGUGGCUUGGAGGGACAGUGACGGGAAGGGGGAGGGAGCGCGGUUUGAGGACCUCAUGUACAAGAUGGAGGAGGUUGGACUGAGACUGAACGCCGACAUCUUGGAUGAAGAACUCGUAAAGGAUAAACGUCUGAAGUUUGCUGCCUCGCAGAUCGAGAACGACAUGAUGCAACCACUGGCCGAUAAGCUCAGAGUCGACACCAAACCCAUGAUGAUACAAUACGACGGCGACUUCAUAGCCGAAUUGGGCUACAGACUGCUUGUGCGCUGGAAAGAGACGAGGGGGAAAUAUGCCUCACACACCGAGCUCCUGAAAGCACUUGAAAGCGUCGGAUUGGGCGCAGUCGGGCUGGAUGUGGAUAAGAUGGGAUCUGUAGACAUUUCUACAGGUGCAAUGUGCGAUUUUUGCCUCCGAUACGUGACCAGCUGGAUCCAUGUCAGCCGGGCCCACGAGUGGCCCUCGGUGGUGCAGAACAUCCCAUCUAACAUCACAGAGGGCUUAGACAGGCGCACAGUAGACCUGAUUAAGCGACAGCAGCGGGACCCCUGCGACCAGAUGGCCCGUGCCCUUGCAACAUGCCGUGACCGAGGCGUGUUCAAGACGGCAGGGGCACUGGUUAACCGGCUGGUUACGUGCGGGUUUGAGAAGGCUGCCCUCAUGCUGCUGGACGUGUCCAGGUCACAGUAUUACUGCACGACACUGCGGCUGGAGGACGUCUAGCAUACUGGAUUAUGGCACUGUACUCUUGGAAUACAAAUACAGGCACCCUUUGUUGAUAUCAAACAGUGGCAGGCAUGGAAUGCGUCACUGUUAAUAAACUUACAGUAUUUCAGAAAAGUACAGCCCUACAUCAACAUUUCAUGAGCAUAUUGAAAGAGGGAAAACAGCACAGUAUUGCUUCAAAAGAAAUAAGGCCCAGCUGGUUUUAAAACUUAGGCAAUGAAAAACAAGUAAUUUGACUGUUUCCUGAACAUCGUGGUGCUUAUAAAUGACACUGACCUAUGCAGUGACUCCUGGGAACAAUGGCAAGAUGUUUCCAGGUCAAUGUGGCCAGUAAUCACAAUUUGAUUGUGCCUGUCCAGUGAGAAAUCACUCUCCAAUACUGGUAGCAAUACCUGAAUGGAACACUCUCCAGAUGUUGGACAGCCAAGUUUUGCUUUGAUGUGACAAGAUUUGCAGUGUGACUGCACCCUGUUCACCACUUAGCAUUUGUAAAUUUAUUUCCUAGUGGAAGUGUUUUCAUUUUUCAUGAACAAUUCUGACAGUCAUUACAAAAUAUUCCUGACAAUCAUUACCCAAAUUUACUUUAGAUAUGAACCAUUAAUUGAGCAUAGGAUUGGUGAAAAGUUAACAUACGUGCAAUUUUUUUCUAGUUUUUCAGGGGUUGACAAAACUUUCUUACCUUGUGGAAAAAGUAGAAUUUAACUGUUUCUUUUAAAAACUGUACUGAUCAGCCCAAUAUAUAACUGUGCUUUAACUUUCACACAAGUCCUUUCUAAAUGACGAGUUUGUGAGAUGGAAUCUAACUUUGCUGCUGAAGUGUGUAAAACUGAUGCGCACUCCUCCAGACGUUUUGAAGAUCAUGUGAACACUUUUGCAAUAAAACUGUACAAAGGUUUGAAAAGAACAAUUUGUGUCUUGUUUAAUGAAAGGAAUUUAAGAGACUUUAGGUCUUGAAUGAAGUUAAAUAUUAUUUAGGUUCACUAGAGACCUAAAAAGCAGAAGUCAUUAGCACAGUGGCACUCUACACAUUCUGAACUCCAAUAGACAAAGGCCUUUUAACAAGUCACAGCAUCCAAUUGGAUGAAGAGGUACAUGCAUUUAACAUGUGCAUCUACCACAGUAAUGAGUUCCUAUUUUGGUAAUCAG